AUGACAAUUUCACCAGGGGUAGCACCCAAACAACCGUCAGGAAUCACUGUUCUCAUCGUCGGCCUGGGUACAGCAGGCCUGACCGCCGCCAUCGAAUGCCAUCGACAAGGGCAUCGGGUUAUUGCAUUUGAACGAGCAAAGGAGAUUAAAUCACAAAUUGGUGACGGUAUCGGAAUCGCGUCCAAUGCUGCAAAAGUCGUCUCUCAUUGGGGUAACGGAGCAGUUCGUGAGGCGCUCUGCCGCGUUAGCUGCUCCGCUAAUGUGGUCGAGGUUCAUGACAAUAGCGGUACUCCUCUUAUUGUGAGCCGGCUUGAUGGGUACAUCGACGGGGAAGGCUAUAUGGUUCCCCGCGGGCCAAUGAUGUCCAUUUUCUACGAGCAUGCCCGCUCCCUCGGUAUCCCUCUCCAUCUGGGUUGUGUGGUUGAAGAGUACUGGGAGACUGACACGGAAGCCGGUGUUAUUCUGGCUAGCGGAGAGAGGUUCGUUGGGGACUGCGUACUGUGCACCGACGGCGUGCACGGCCGUGGCCGGGACAUGAUCUUGGGCGAGCACUCUCAAAAGUCAAGGGACACCGGAUACUCCUCUUUUCGAACCUUGUUCAGCACGGAGGUUGUCGCGGCUGACCCGGCCUCGCGUUGGGUUCUUGAGGGAACGGACAUCCGUGAUCGAAGCCUGAUGUUUCUGGGUCGCGACAUGGAGUUUAUGAUGGCCACGUUUGAAAACGGCAAAAAUUUGAUGUGGUUCUGCACGCAUCGUGACACAUCUGGAGGACCAGAAUCUUGGACUCGUUCCUGUUCUCUGGAACACGCGAUCGGAUUUAUCAGUUCCUGGCCGUGUCGGGAUAAAUUGGAACCAAUCAUCCGGAAGACUCCCGGGGCGACGGUACUUGACCAUCGUCUUGUCGUACGAUCUCCAUUGUCCACCUGGCGGUCGGCAGGCGGAAGAAUGAUGGUGCUUGGGGAUGCGGCGCAUCCUAUCAACUAUACCGUUGGCCAGGGAGUUGGUCAAGCCGUCGAAGACGGGGCUGUGGUGGCGAUUGCUCUCCGAUUAGCAGGGGCCAGUGCCGUCCCUUUGGCAUUGCAUGUGACAGAAAUGAUCAGACAUCCGCGGGCUACCAUAUUACAGGAGGCUGGCGCCAAAUUCCAGGCUGUCUGGCGUAACGCAAACUGGGAUGAUGUCUGCAAAGACCUUAAUGUCCUUCGGAUGCCUCGGCCCAAAUGGAUCUUUGACCAUGAUUGCCAAUCGUAUGUGCUGAAUGAGUUCGACAACGUGGUGCGACUGAUCCAGACCGGAGCAGGUUAUGUGCCGUCCAACCUACCACCAGAUGGGACGACGGGAAUGGAGGAUGACUAUAACUCCUAG